AUGCAUUCAGUUCAGUUUGUAUCAUCACUACUAGUUAGUUUAUUAUCAUUAUUUUACAUCAUCCCUUCUUCAUUUGCAUUUUCACCUGUUUCUGCUGUUUUACCAAAAAGACAAUUUUCACCAUUUGAUUCUCCUGAAUUUUGUUCACAAAUAAUUACUCCAACUUGUAAUACUACUUUUAGUUAUAUCGAUGAAUUAAAUAAUGAAAUUGGUCCCUAUUUAUCCGAAUUGGUUAAAACCUCAUAUUUCCGUUAUUUCAAAAUCAAUUUAGAUAAACAAUGUAAAUUUUGGAAUGCUCAACAUUUUUGCGCUACUGAAAAUUGUGCUGUUGAAAUCUUGGAAGAUUUCAAUUGGACUCAAAUAACUAAUGAUAAUUUAAAACCUUCAAAAUUGGGGGAAUUAAGUUUACCAAAUUCUUCAGCUAUUGAUAAUUCAAUUGAAACUGAAGAAGUUGAAACUUGUGAAGAUUUGGAUUAUAGUGAAAUUGAUGAUGACCAUAAUUGUGUCUAUGUUAAUUUAUUAAAUAAUCCUGAAAGAUUCACUGGUUAUGGUGGUAAUCAAAGUUUUGAUGUUUGGAAAGCUAUUUAUUCUGAAAAUUGUUUCCCAAACACUAACCCAAUGUCAAUGAGUCCUUCUACUUCAGCUGAUGGUGCUGGUCUUAAUAAUAGUGAAGAAGAACAAUGUAUCGAAAAGAAAAUUUUCUUUAGAUUAGUUAGUGGUUUACAUGCUUCUAUUGCUGUUCAUUUAUCAAAUGAAUUUUUGGAUUCUGAAACUGGGGAAUUUUAUCCAAAUUUAAAAGUUUUCAUGGAAAGAGUAGGAAUGUUUAAUGAUAGAUUAUCAAAUAUUUAUUUCAAUUAUGCUUUAGUAUCUCAAGCUUUAGUUAAAUUGAAUGGAAUUUUACCUUUAAAAGAAUUUAUUCAAUCAGGUUAUGAUGAUAUUACUCCUGCUCAAAAGCAACAUUUAAUUGCUAAUCAUGAUGUUGAAGAUGUUGAAAUUUAUGAUAAAUUGUUGUUGCAAGAUAUCAUUCCAAGUUUAGAAGCCAAUAUUAUUUUCAAUACUACUAAUUUAUUUGAUGAUUCAAAUUUAAAAGAUGAAUUUAGAUCAAGAUUUAGAAAUGUUUCUGCCAUUAUGGAUUGUGUUGGUUGUGAUAGAUGUAGAAUGUGGGGUAAAAUUCAAACUAUUGGUUAUGGUACAGCAUUGAAAAUUUUAUUUGAAGAUGAUAAUUAUGAUAAUCAUAAUUUAAAAUUUAGAAGAAUUGAAAUUGUUGCUUUAGUUAAUACAUUGGAUCGUUUAUCAAAAUCAAUUACUCAUAUUAAUGAAUUUAAAACUAGAUAUUUACAACAUUUACAAGAUGUUGCUGAAGGUAAAACACAACCUGGAGUUUAUGAUAAAAUUCAAGAAAAUAAUAAAGCUGGUAGUUUUGCCUUUCCAUUUGUUAGUCAAUUACCUCAAAAGAAGAACAACAUUCCUCAAGAAAAACAACAACAACAACAACCAGAACAAUCAGAACAAAAUAAAGAAGAAGUGAAAAAACAAAAAUCAGGUAUGCAACUUUCAGCCAAAGAAAUUGGUAAAAUUAAACCAAAAGAUCGUACAUUUGGUCAAGAAUUUAAAUUAGCAUUUCUUGAUGUUUGGGAAGCUUUGAAAUUUGUAUUAUCAAGUUAUAAACAAUUUCCAAAUUUAAUGGGUAAAUUAACUUUAGUUCAAUUGAAUCAAUGGUGGAGUAAAUUGAUUGGUAAACCAAUCACAGUUGAAUAUGAAAGUCCAAUGGAUGUUGAAGCUAAAGAAUAUAGUAAAUUGAUUAAUAAUAAUUAA